AUGGCGUCCUACGCCCUCCAGACGCCUUAUACGGUGCCUCUGACAUAUCUGAGCUUGUUCGGGAUUGGGGCACUCGUUAUGCGAGGGGCGGGGUGCACUAUCAACGACAUGUGGGAUAAGAACCUCGACAAGAGUGUCGAACGAACAAAAGAGCGGCCGCUGGCGAGGGGAGACAUAUCACCAGGGCAGGCUGUCGGGUUCCUGGGACUACAGCUCAGUGCGGGGUUGGCGGUGCUCACGCAGCUGAACUGGUACAGUAUCUUACUGGGAGCGUCCUCGCUCUCAGUCGUAACGAUAUACCCGUUCAUGAAACGGGUGACCUAUUGGCCGCAGUCUGUCCUCGGCCUGGCGUUCAACUGGGGAGCGCUGCUCGGCUGGUCAGCAGUAGCGGGCUCGGUUGACUGGGGUGUCGCCCUCCCCCUCUACGCCGGAGGCAUCUGCUGGACGCUCGUAUACGACACUAUCUACGCGCACCAGGACAAAACGGACGACGUAACCGCUGGCAUUCGGUCGACCGCCCUCCUCUUCGGCGAGCGCACGCGGCCCAUCCUCAGCGCGCUCUCCGCGUCCUCCAUCUCGCUCAUCACUUACGCGGGAAUCCUGAACGCACAAGGACCCCUCUUCUACGCAGGCACCGGCCUCGCUGCCAUGCAACUCGCGCGCGUGCUCGCGAGGGUGGACUUUAAUAACAGACCGAGCUGCUGGAAGGGCUUCGUGGGGUGUGGCUGGUCUGGAUUCUGGAUAUGGAUGGGUGCGAUGGCGGACUAUGGAUGGCUGAUGUCUGGUAUGGGCAAUUGA